UGCGGAGGAGGGCGGAGGCGGCGGCGGCGCGUGUGGCUGGCGGGCUGGCGGGCGGUUGGCACCGGGCUUGUAAAUAAACUGCGAUGCUGUCUCGGGCUCGCCGGCCCGGGUGCCGCCGCCGCCGCCGCCCCGGAGCGCCGGUGCCAGGCUCCCGCUGCCGCGCGCCCUAGCGCCUCCGCGCCAGCCUCGCGCGCCCUCGCCCGCUCCCCGCAGUCCGCGGCUCGCGCCCCUCGGGGUCCCGCGGCUCACCUGUGCGGGAUGUGACCCCUUCCCGCUGCCUGGCCUCCCCUGCCCCCCGGGGGGCCCUCCUUUGCUUGCUUUUGGGGGGGGGGUGGGUGGGGAGCGGCGCGCGGAUCAUGGCAUUGGAGUUCCUGGGCUUGCAGCCGCCGCCGCCGCCUCAUCCACGCACCCCGAGCGCCCCUUCUUCCCGAAGCAGCAGCGGAGAAGGCGAAGCGGCCGGCGGGGGCGAGACAGAUGGGGCUCAAGGCGCGCAGGGCGGCGGGGGCGGCGGGGGCGGCUGCCGGCGGCGGCGACGGGGGCGGCGGCGGCGGGGCCGCUAACCCCGCCGGAGGGGACGCGGCGGCGGCCGGCGAUGAGGAGCGGAAAGUGGGGCUGGCGCCGGGAGACGUGGAGCAAGUCACCUUGGCGCUCGGGGCCGGAGCUGACAAAGACGGGACCCUGCUGCUGGAGGGCGGCGGCCGCGAAGAGGGUCUGCGGAGGACCCCGCAGGGCAUCGGGCUCCUGGCCAAGACCCCCCUGAGCCGCCCUGUCAAGAGGAACAACGCCAAGUACCGGCGCAUCCAAACUUUGAUCUACGACGCCCUCGAGAGACCGCGGGGCUGGGCGCUGCUCUACCACGCGCUCGUGUUCCUCAUUGUCCUGGGAUGCUUGAUUCUGGCCGUGCUGACCACAUUCAGGGAGUACGAGACCGUUUCGGGAGACUGGCUGCUGUUACUGGAAACAUUUGCUAUUUUCAUCUUUGGAGCCGAGUUUGCUUUGAGGAUCUGGGCUGCCGGGUGUUGCUGCCGCUACAAAGGCUGGCGGGGAAGGCUGAAGUUUGCCAGGAAGCCCCUGUGUAUGCUCGACAUCUUCGUGCUGAUCGCCUCUGUGCCGGUGGUUGCUGUGGGAAACCAGGGCAAUGUGCUGGCCACGUCCCUUCGCAGCCUGCGUUUCCUGCAGAUCCUGCGUAUGCUGCGGAUGGACCGCCGGGGCGGCACGUGGAAACUCCUGGGCUCGGCCAUCUGCGCCCACAGCAAAGAGCUCAUCACCGCCUGGUACAUUGGGUUCCUGACGCUCAUCCUUUCUUCAUUUCUUGUCUACCUGGUUGAGAAAGAUGUGCCAGAGGUUGAUGCCCAAGGAGAAGAGAUGAAGGAGGAAUUUGAGACCUAUGCAGAUGCCCUUUGGUGGGGCCUGAUCACACUGGCCACCAUUGGCUACGGAGACAAGACACCCAAAACAUGGGAAGGCCGCCUGAUUGCGGCCACCUUCUCCUUAAUCGGUGUCUCCUUUUUCGCCCUUCCAGCAGGCAUCCUGGGGUCAGGACUGGCACUCAAGGUACAGGAGCAGCACCGGCAGAAGCACUUUGAGAAAAGAAGGAAGCCAGCCGCUGAACUCAUCCAGGCUGCCUGGAGGUAUUAUGCUACCAACCCCAACAGGAUUGAUCUUGUGGCGACAUGGAGGUUCUAUGAAUCAGUCGUCUCUUUUCCAUUCUUCAGGAAAGACCAGCUGGAAGCAGCAGCCAGCCAAAAGCUGGGUCUCUUGGAUCGGGUUCGCCUUUCUAAUCCUCGUGGUAGCAAUACUAAAGGAAAGCUAUUUACCCCUCUGAAUGUAGAUGCCAUAGAAGAAAGUCCUUCUAAAGAACCAAAGCCUGUGGGCUUAAACAAUAAAGAACGUUUCCGCACCGCCUUCCGCAUGAAAGCCUACGCUUUCUGGCAGAGCUCCGAAGAUGCUGGGACAGGUGAUCCCAUGGCGGAAGACAGGGCCUACGGGAAUGACUUCCUCAUUGAAGAGAUGAUCCCCACCCUGAAGGCCGCCAUCCGAGCCGUCAGAAUCCUACAAUUCCGUCUCUAUAAAAAAAAAUUUAAGGAGACUUUGAGGCCUUACGAUGUGAAGGAUGUGAUUGAGCAGUAUUCUGCAGGACAUCUUGACAUGCUUUCCAGGAUAAAGUACCUUCAGACCAGAAUAGACAUGAUUUUCACCCCUGGACCUCCAUCUACCCCAAAACAUAAGAAGUCUCAGAAAGGGGCAGCGUUCACCUACCCAUCUCAGCAGUCUCCCAGGAAUGAACCAUAUGUAGCCAGAGCAUCCACAUCGGAAACUGAAGACCAAAGCAUGAUGGGGAAGUUCGUGAAAGUCGAAAGACAGGUUCAUGACAUGGGGAAGAAACUGGACUUCCUGGUAGAUAUGCACCUGCAGCACAUGGAAAGGCUGCAGGUGCACGUCACGGAAUACUACCCGACCAAGGGGACCUCCUCACCUGCAGAGGUGGAGAAGCUAGAGGACAACAGAGAUUCAGAUCUAAAAACCAUCAUCUGCAACUAUUCUGAGAAGGGCCCCUCCGAGGCCCCCUACAGCUUCCACCAGCUGCCCCUGGACAAAGUCGGUCCCUAUGGGUUUUUUGCCCAUGACCCUGUGAACCUGCCCCUAGGAGGACCCAGUUCUGGAAAGGUUCAAGCAACACUUUCCUCCUCAGCAGCAACGUAUGUGGAAAGGCCCACCGUCCUGCCUAUCUUGACUCUUCUUGACUCCCGAGUGAGCUACCACUCCCAAGCUGAACUGCACGGCCCCUACUUGGACCGGGUCUCCCCCCGACAGAGACAGAGCAUCACGCGGGACAGUGACACGCCCCUGUCCCUGAUGUCGGUCAACCAUGAGGAGCUGGAGCGGUCUCCAAGUGGCUUCAGCAUCUCCCAGGACAGAGAUGAUUACAUGUUUGGCCCGAGUGGGGGAUCGAGCUGGAUGAGGGAGAAACGUUACCUCGCCGAGGGUGAGACAGACACGGACACGGACCCCUUCACCCCCAGCGGCUCCAUGCCUCUGUCAUCCACAGGGGAUGGGAUUUCUGAUUCAAUAUGGACCCCUCCCAACAAGCCCAUUUAGAAGGGGUUGUGGGCUGAGUUCUCCUUGUAAUGUGGACAGACUUUGUAUAGCUCACUUGCUCUCACACACGACACUUGACGGUGAGAUCACCAGUAGCUGCAUCAAACACAUGCAUGUGCGUGGCGGCCCCCCACCAGGGCAGGGGCUUUUCACGGCCUUCCUCCUCCCCAGGUCACCACAAUGAAGCUGCUUCCUUUUAAGCAUGGUUUGCAUGACUUUACAAUAUAUAAAUGGUACCGCUAAUCUCUUCUAGGAUAUACAUUUAUCUGCUGUUCUUAAUUUAAAUCAUUAUUGGACCAGGAUGGGGAGAAAUUAUUGACGAGCUGUGCUAUCUGUCCGUUUGGUUGGCUGCUUUGGGUUUUGGUUUGGUAAGCAGGGAAUGUAGUUUAAGUUCUUUCUCGAACCACUGCCCCUUUGUGUAAAACAGACCAGUAAUUAACUGUUUUCUAGAGUAAGCAAAUAGUUUGCGAACAAAAAUGCAUUGCAAAUCAAAGAGGUGGCCGACUGAGCUAAAACACUAAGAAAGGAACAAGACGGUCAUCGCAUAUCCAAAACCACGAUUUUUAAAAUUAUUUUUUUGGGAAAAACUAACAAAACCAUCUAAACGCUCUCAAAGGGACCUCAUUUGCCCUGCCGUUGUCUGUGUCCUGCCUGUUCCCUCAUCCCUGGUAAUCCCACGUGUAGCAUUUCGAGGGAGUUAUGAAUUGGGCGGGGAGAAAACACACACACACAAGUUCAAAUAGUUUCCAAUUUAUGUAGCCAAAGAUAAUGAAAUUUAUCAGAAGUAGGGUGCCCCUCUGGACAGGAGCUAAGAUCAGUGCCUUUUAAAUGAGGUUUCAACUCACAUUCCUCCCCAUGGUACUUGUACAAAAUAUCCAUCUCAAAUGAAUAUUAGAAACCAGAAAUUAUCUGGUCCAAGUUUUCCUUUGUAAAAAUGAGAAACCUUUGGCUCAGGUAGAGACAAGCCUGGGGUCACCUCAUUGUCCCCUGGAAAUCUGGGACUCAAAGCUGACUCACUCAAUGCCCUGGUCUCCUGCUACCACACAACUCUGCCCCUUAUACAGUGGGACCCAGAAAUUGUGCCAAGAUACCUGGACUCUGUCACGUGGCAAGCACCCACAACACCGUUUUUUCAGCAUGAGGGGGCUGUUUGCUCUUACUGCAAAAAUCGCUUACUUGAUGCCUUGCAUUUUGGUUCUAGGAGAAUAAAAACUUCAAGCAAGCAAACUUCAACACUUACUAAUAUGCAAAUGGGCAAAAUUUUCAGAACCAUCCAGUUUUACUCCUCCAGAUUUUUUAAAUGACGAGGAGCCAUAAGAUUAGCCCACGUGUAAGCAGACCCCCUGGAGAGCACUGCCCAAGUGAAUAAGUAUUAAUAUUAAGCACAAGCCAUCCUCUGGCCUCUUAUGAGGUGUCACUACUUUCUGAAACACUUAGGUGGAAAAGGUUUCUGUUAGGUUUGGGCUGGAUUAGCUAAAUUAUGACGCAACAGUAUCACUGUGUAGCUCUUAUCCCACAUCUAAGCACUGGUUAUGGAUGGUUGCCAUGGUUACCAUCAAGAUGAUCAAAAGGGCCUAACCAUCUAUACGCAAAUGAUACUGUUUUCCUCAGUCUUGUCAAGAGCUAUGGUAGCUGUGGCAGACAUCUGGUUGCUGCUUUCAUCAUGACCUGAUGCAGGAAACUUGUACUUUGUUCGAGAGAACUAGUUUCUCAGAUCUUGGUUUCUUUCAACCCACAAAUCAACAGUACUGUGCAAAAGGCUCAGAGUACCAUAAUAAUGAAGGUGUGGUCCCUGACUUUAGAAAUCAUCAUCAAAAGCCUGCCAUUUUUACAUGGAGAUGGCAUUUUACAUGGAGAAUCUCACAAAUAGAGAGGUGUCGGCAUUGAAGUCUAAGGUGGGAAAUACACAAGAAUGAUCACGCAAUUCAGACCUGAACCCUCCUCCUGUCCUAUGGUUUCGCAUUUGACCUUCUAGCAACCUGAAGGACAAAGGGAAUGGAUUAUAUGCAUGAAAGUGCCAUUGGAGUUAAUGACCUAAGAAACCCUGUGCCCCUUCCUUAGGAUUUGGUUCUUGCUUCUGACCCUCUUAGAAUCUUUUACUACAAGUGAUUGAGCUACCUAUCAUCUAACAUGUUACUGUGUUUUUAUGUACGUGAAUUAUUUGAGACAAAAAAAAAAGUGGAGAAUGACUCAAACUCUCCACAUGUGCACAAAUUAUGUUUACCUACUUUAUUAAUAUUCUUACAGAACUGACGGGCCUCGGUGUCCUACCAACAGAUGCAUUUGCCAGGAAUUCAGUAGAGUUCUCAGGUGGACAAGUGAGAUUUUUCAUCCUCAAGCUAAAAAUAGUUAUCAUGGAUCCAAAGUUAGAGGACUGCCUUAGAUUCUUUGAAAAACCUACAAAGGAUAAGAGUUUGUAUUAUUUCUUAAACCAUAGGAGGGCAGUCUAACCUCCUCUGCCGGAUCAUAAGGCCAGGAUGGCAGGGAUUGAUUGGGUUUAUGUCUGUCACCAUCACGUCUCCAACAUGUGGUAAGCUGUCAUUAUCAGCAUAGACAAAGACAAAAUACAUGAUCAUGAAUAACUAAAUGAUAAGGCUUUUUAAGAGCCAUUCUUUCCCAUCUAAGAAAAAAGAGAAAACUGAACUUCUUGAAUAUUCUGUUUUGGUAUCCCUUUAAAAGAAAAAAAAAAAAAGACCAUUCCAGAAAAGCAAGCCAAAACUAUUGAAGUCACCUGCUCACAGAUAACAUCAUCACCUGGCUUGCACUGAUGAAGAAACUCAAGGUAUAGGACUGAACUUAAGUUAUGGGGAGAAACAAUGUGUGCCUCCAUAAUGAUCUGUCAGAAAAAAGAAGAGCAUGAUGGAAAAAUCCAACGGAACUGGUUAAUAAUUUGGCCCAAGAUCAUCCUGCUUCAGAUAUACUAGUGGUCCUGAAGCUGGCUGGGGAAACUAUAGUAGUUUUAGCAAAAUCCCAUGAAAUAAUGACAAAUUAAUUCCAUUGUAAAAACUAAGAAUAAUUUCCUUAAGUGGAAGUGUAAUCCCAUUAUAGAUGUUCCGUUUCUGUGUAUCACAACAUGAUAUAGGAAAACUUUUAAGAAGUCAUUUUGUAGGAGGAUCAAAAUGAAUGAGAGAAAGCUAUCUUCCAAAUGUUAAGUAAGAGGUGACCAGUCGGGCUGAGAAGAAAGUACUUGAGAUCAAUGUGCAUUUUGACCAUCAAACACCAGCACACAAGCAAACCUGAAAAUUUUAAGGAAACUAAUUGUGGGAGGAAAAGAAAAAAAAAGCAUCAAAUUGAGCAAGUUCUAUUCACUGACUAUACUUUUUCUGGGAACUGAGAGCUUGGACUUAGUAGAUAAAACAAUGGUAUAUUGAAGCUCUAGUUUCAGUGAAAGAAUCUUGAAAACUGCCAAGAUAUACUAUAGUUUAAGAUGAGCUCAUUAGUCAAUAAUUAAAGCAUUAUGCUUUGUGCAGGGAAGUUCCCAGACACUGUAAGUUGAAAGAAUAAUUAAUUGUAGGAAAUCCUAUUAUUAUAGGAUCUACUCACAAUUUGCAAGACAAUUCUUCUAAAUCCAUGCCACUCUACUGAUAAUAUAAAAACAUGUGUUUGUUUAUUCAUUUAUGAGAUUUACUAAGCACCAUUGUCUGCUAGGCACUAUGUAACACACUGGAAAUUCAGAGGUAAGAAAACUGCAGUUUCUGCCACCAAAAAGCUAGGAAUCUGGUGGCCUCAAAUAUUGGAGUUCCCUUCAAACUUUGUCUACCAGGAAUAGAAAGUAUCUAAUUUUAUCCCUGAAGACAAGUACACAGAUAGGAGCUCUUCCUCACUUAGAAUCAAUGGGAGAUUGAGCAUGGAGUAAAGUGAAAGCAAGAAUUCCCCAUCAAAAUGGUAAUGACCCCAUCAGCUCAGAGAAGACUGAAUGGUUGAAUGAGUGGUUUCAGUUUGGUUUCAGUGCUUUCAGCUUUAUAGCUCCAAAUACGUUGUGUACAAAGGAGGUUUUAGAGUAUCAGAACUUUCUAGAGUAUCUAGCUUUUCUAGAGUAUCAGAGCUUUCUCCUCCUCUUCAAAUCCCUACAAUGAUUGAGUCUAGACAAGAAGCUGGGCUACUUCCAUUUCACUGUGUUGACCAAGAGAAGCUUAUGGUACAAGCCAAGACACAACAUCUAUUUCAAGAAAAGGUGUUCAUCUGCCUGUGGUACUCUGCUAAUAAAAUUCUCCUGGAGCAAGAGAAGAAAUCUGUUCAGUGGUCUAAGAAGUUGACUGCACUUUGGACAGUACUGACAAGCACACCCCCGACGUACCCCAGAAGCUGCCCUGUAGCUGGUCUUUGUUUUCUGUAAAUAUGCUCUCAAGGCACUUAGGACCAUAUGGAUUUUCUUUGUUUUCUCAACCCCAGGCAUCCUUAGGAAUUUGCCUCAUGUCCUCACUCAUCCUUGAAGGCUUGCUUAUUUGGGGAUGAACUUUUUGAAAGACUAGAAGUCCUUUCCUUGCAUCCAAAUCACCCAGUGUUCCACUGCUACUGAUAUUACGCUACUCAAAACCAAAUCAAUGGUCCCCUAAACAAGUCCCCUAACCUGACGUUGAGGUGAGAACAUGUUAGGGACCAGACUAUCUCUAUAGUUUUAGUGGUUUGGGAAAACCAACAGUGGGUAUCUCAAAGAGACAGGAAGGAUAUAGACAUGGCCUGGAUGAAAAUUUGAGACACUCACAAGUAUUGGACUUUCUAGGUCUGUUUUGACUUUCAAAUGGGACAGUUGGUAUAUGUAAAGACUCUAGUACAUAUACCCAUACAUAUGGGGACUGUCAUACGUAUUCAUUUUUAAUACUCUAUGUGGACUCCACUGUCUCAGUCCUCAGUACUAUCUAUGAACUCCAAAUUUAACCCCCUGGAAAAUCCUCUUCUUAGAAAAAGAACAGUGGAAAUGCCAUCCUGAUUCAGGAAAUUUUACAGGGGCUUUCUUCAAAAAGUACAUCUCUAUAAAUGAAAUGAGGAAGGGCAGGAAUGUUGAAAUGAAGUUUGGGUUGCAGUGGCUGGGUUGUGGCAGUUCCAUUGGACCCACAAUACCACAUGUUGAACCAUUCUCUCAAAGAAUUAUCUGUAGGAGGCAAAGCCAAAUAGCAGGAACCAUUAAAUAUGAAGGAACUAGUGGUUACAACAAGGAAAAGUUAACCAUGCCAUGAUGUCUAUCAUACAACAUCCUAGCAAUGAAUGGAGCACUUCCAGAAGAAAGAGUUCAAGCUCUCUCAAACUCUCCAGGGAGAUUUGUUCCUAGCCUCUAACAACCUCAGUUUUGUUAUUCCUGUAGGAAAAUUGUGACUAGUGUCUUGCUUCAUUGUCACAGAUGCAGGGAGAUACAAUUUCAUAGAUUCCCAAAAGCUCAGAACAAGAAGAAACCUUGAUCACAAGAAACACCACCUCUCUUCUUAGAUCAGGAAGCAGAGGCUCAGCAUAAAAGGAAUCACACUAGUCACCCAAUGGCUGAAUGAGUAAUUGGGUGGCAGAGUGAAUCAAGAACCCAGGUCUCCUAAAUCCUGGUCCAGAUAUUGGAGAUCAAACGCUGACAGUCACAUAGCAACCAAGAAGAAAACAUUGUGGGUCAUCCCAGAAGAUGAAGGAUAACUUCUUGGCCCACUCAAGAAACUGCUUAAACCAGACACAUUGGUUGGAAUUUAUUCCCAUCUAUGGAAUAUGAUUGACCUCAUGCCUUGAAAGGCAUGUUCCUUCUCCCCUAAUCUUGCUGACCUCCAAAGUCCUGGCACAAAUCACUGCUGCUGUGAGCAGGUGAGAAAAGAAAUGAAGAACAACCUCAUAGCCAUGAAGGCACUCCCCUCCACUUCUCUGACCUCUGCUACUUUGUCCCCUCCUUGUCCUGCCAAGCCUGGACUGGUUCAGCUCUUUAGCCCAUUGCUUGGAUUUAUUCAGUUCCAGAGCCAUGCCUCAGGUGGUUUCCUCAUCUGUAAGCCAAUUCUUUUGCAGGAUUUUGUCUUCGAAAAAAGUUAACAAGUUUGAUUUAGGAAAUGGGAUGUGAUUUCUUUGGGGAUCAAUAUGACCCCAAGGCAUUAGCUCUACUAAGGUGUCCCUUCACAGUGGGAUCUCUGGUCCUCACGCCUUGUUUCUCCUGCUUUGUCCAAGAGAAUGCCCAUCUUGGCUGGGUCACAACUGGUACUCUAGAGUUGUCACCAAAAGCUACAAAGAAGCAGACAGGAUUCAACUUAAGACACCUUAUGUUUGUGUAACUGUGAAAUUAUUUUAGAAAUUAAACCGGCCUCCCUGUUGGCUUAAAUGAGGAUUAGCACUGCUGGUUUCCACUUAUGUUUUGCUUGGGACAGAUUUGUCAGAAUUUGGCGCAGCUCCCCAAUAGCCCUUGCUAAACCCUGUAGAAGGAUAUUCAGGUCUUCUGAGUCGGUCUGAACUGGAAACCCCUAAGGCAAAGUCAGAAAGAUGGCAGUAAUUUUAGACUGUCAUUCCACCUGUCUGCCUAGCCUCUAAAUAGUCCUGUUCUGGGGAAAUAAGUCAAACAUGGGUCCUAUACAAGAAUAACCUGAGUGUGACUCAUAAUUAAGCAGUCAAAAGCCUGGCCUAGUGCUUGGGAAUAUAUUUGUAAUUCCUCUUAGGUGUGUCAAAUGUACUCAAUCUGAUGCCUUGAGAGGAGUGAAAAAUGGAACCAUGUUUUCUUCCAAUGUCUCGCUCUGCCCACAAGACAGGGCCAGGAAGAUCCUAACCUGUCUUUGUGAGUUGCAUGUGAUGUGAUGGCUCUCUCUCUUGACUUCUUGCAGUCCUCACCACAACCUCAUGUGGGUGGUAUCAAUGUCUCCAUCAUAGAGUUUGAAAAAACUGAACCUGAGGGGGGAAA